GCCGCCAUAUUGGUCCUUCUGCCCAAGACGCUAGCUGUUGGAGCUCGGGCUGAUUAGCGCUCUCUUCCCUUCCGUGUCUCUGGCUCUCUUUCUUCCCUGCUUCCACCCAGGCGGGCUGGCCUACAGCUCCUGGGGCGUCCUGUGUGUGGCUGGAAGGGCCCCGUGUUGAGAAGUGGAAAGAAGCCAUUGGAUUGGCUAAUGGUCAUUUUCUGAUGACUCGCUGAUGUUCCAGGGAAUGGAGAUAAUGAUGCUUGAACUGAACUACUAAGGAAUAUGGGUUGAGGGGUUAUUUAAAGGAGCAGAAAUGCUGCACAUAGACAGCUGAAUCCCUUUCCCAUCAUUGAUGACAGCUUGUGAAAGGAUUCUGAAGUCAAAACUCAUACUAUUAAUAAUGGCAGGAAAAUCGUCCCUUUUUAAAGUAAUUCUUCUUGGAGAUGGUGGAGUUGGCAAGAGUUCUCUUAUGAACAGAUAUGUAACCAAUAAAUUUGAUGCCCAGCUCUUUCACACAAUAGGUGUGGAAUUUUUAAAUAAAGAUUUGGAGGUGGAUGGACAUUUUGUUACCAUGCAGAUUUGGGACACAGCUGGUCAAGAGCGAUUCCGAAGCCUGAGGACACCAUUUUACAGAGGUUCUGACUGUUGCCUGCUUACUUUUAGCGUUGAUGAUUCACAAAGCUUCCAGAAUUUGAGCAACUGGAAGAAAGAAUUCAUAUAUUAUGCAGAUGUGAAAGAGCCUGAAAGCUUUCCUUUUGUGAUUUUGGGCAACAAGAUUGAUAUAAAUGAACGACAGGUGUCUACGGAAGAAGCCCAAGCCUGGUGCAGGGACAACGGCGACUAUCCUUACUUUGAAACGAGCGCAAAAGAUUCCACCAAUGUUGCAGCUGCCUUUGAGGAGGCAGUUCGAAGAGUUCUGGCUACAGAAGAUAGGUCAGAUCAUCUGAUUCAGACAGAUACAGUCAAUCUGCACCGAAAGCCCAAGCCAAACUCAUCUUGCUGUUGAUGGCAUUAAAGAGAUGGUCGUUGCAUUCAAACACACAC